UAUGUACACACCUACUGUGAUGAGCAGGAAUUUGACUGUCCUUGUAGCAAUUGACCUUUAUCGGACAACCGGUCAGUCGCCAUCUUUACUGAUCCUUCUAUACCUGCUCGUCAGUCCAGCCACGGGUUGCCUCAUCAGCCCGGUUGAGCUCAGCAUCUGGGCUGUAUGGCGUGAUAUCCAGAAGUCGUGACUUGGGCACUGAUGUCGCUGUUCACAGAUUCUCUGAUCAAAGAAUGGAUACUGAAUGAUUGGAUCGCUCGGUCAGACUGCCGACCACGCCGGCGUUCGGCAGCUCGAAAGUCUCCUACCUAUGUGGCUACCAUGCAAUUUGUGACACAUGCUCUGCUUCGAAUGCUUGGAACACACGCAGGAUUU